AUGACGAAACAUUUCAACCCCUCCCUCACACGCACCACAUCCUACUCCUCAUCCACAUCCAGCUCGUCAUCUACAACCUCUCUCCCAAAGCACGAGGCCUUCUCUCCAUCAGUGCAUGAAACAGCACCCUGGUGGCUUGGCGAAGAAGGAUACGAGAAGUGGACUUCUCGGUGGCUUGAGGACAAUGAUGCGAAGAACUGUCUGCUUCCUGUUGGAGUGAAGACCUUCGGGCAGUUACGUGGGUUCAUGGCAAGUUUAAGAACGCAGAUUCAAGGUGGUGGGUAG